GGAGUGGCCUGUGCCGUGCAGCUAGGGAAGCAGGAAGAGCUGUCGCUUGCAUGGUCACAGGCAUCUGAGAUAGUGUAGGAGAGUGGACGAUAGUGGUUACCCAGGUUGCAGGAUCCCCCGCAGCAGCCCCCCUGCACGUCCCAUCCCCGGGCCAUCACCUUCUAAUGGAUCUAUGAUCAGGAGUGGACAUCACAUAGCAUCCAGCGGGGCAUGGAGAGCCAACUCUAGUGAGAUCGCUCAUUCUCCAUCUACCUGUUCCGCUCCCGGGAAGAGAAGAGCAAACACUCAGUCUAGAUGGAGUCCCCUGUGCUACUGCUGCUCCUACUGCUCUACGCAUGGUUCUGGGGAACAGCUAAAGCCUCACUGAACAUUACUGGAGAGUUGGGUGGACAGAUAGUUCUCACCUGCAGUACUGUGGCAGAGAAUAAAACAGAUGUGGCCUGGUUUAUGGAGAGUCCCACACAAGAACUACUGGGCUGUGACACAAACAACUCCUCGGAUGCCAGGUUCUCAAGAUGGAACGGGAGUUCUCUUCUAAUAACACAGCUAAGCAGUGAAGAUGGAGGAAACUAUGGGUGCAGGGAUUGUUCGCAAACAGCAAAUUCUGCACCUAAUGUAUAUCUGAGAAUCACAAGUGGACCUAACAACGUUACUUUUAAGAUAUCUUCCACCAAGACUUUACCAAACGGAACACUUUAUAUACCAAGAGGUUCCGACAUAAGCUUCAGCUGCGGCAGUCUAUCAAUUCCUUCACCUAAUCUGGAGCUUGUGUUGUACGCACAAGAUGAAAACCCUGAGCUGUUUUAUAGCGUAACUGAAGUCUUCCUCGACUUUUCUGUGACCAAUGUGGCUCCAAAUUACCAAGGAAACUUUACCUGCUCAGCUGAGAACCCUCUUAGUGGACAGAAGGCCUCUUCUACUCUCCAGCUUCUGGUUUAUUAUCCAUCGAACCGUCCUAUACAGUGCAAUGCAAACAACACAGAAAUUCCCUCUGAGCUGUCAUUGACAUGCAGUUGGCCUGGAGGGUAUCCAUUUCCAAUGCUGGAAUGGAAAAUGGAUGACGCAAUACUGUCAAAUGGAACUUCAGACACACUAGUGACAUCAGUAAAUGGUUCACUGUAUAAGGACAAAAUAUUUACGUGCCAAGGAAGACAUUUGAUAAAUACUGAUGUGAAAGUGAAGACAUGUCAAAUUCAAUUGGGAUCUCCAGUGCCUCAGGCGCAGCCCAUGAGGACGUGCUUAGCUGGAGAAAAUGUGACUCUGUCCUGCGCUGUAUCAGGUGCAGUCCCACCUGCUAAGAUAACCUGGUUGCGCAACCUCAGCAACCCCGAUGCGGAGAUCCAGUCAGGGAAAAAAUACCAGAUUGUAUCAAACAGCACUGUCUCCUACCUCACCAUUGUAAAUUGUUCCAAGGAUGGAGAUGACGGAUUUUACAUUUGCAAAGCAGAGAAUGCAGUCACCACAAAAGACCUCUACAUAUCGCUAGAAGUAAAGAAGCCCCAUAACAUUGUGGGAUUAGUGACCAGUCUCCUGAUCCUCUUCCUUCUGGUGGUAGCUCUCAUUACAGGCAUUAUUUUAUACUGUGACCCUCAAGUCUAUCUGAAAGCAAACCCUUUCCGAUCUGGAGCCUCUGAGGUCUUGGUUCUAGUGGAUUCAGAAGAUGAUGAGAUGGAACCAGUAGGCAAUUCAGCUGUAACCACUGAUUACACUGUUGACACUGCUGCCAGCAACCCUCCAACUUCAAAUGGAAAUAUCUGUAAACACCAAGUUUUAUUCCACCAUCCGCCUGACAAUAUCUGUACUGACCUGAUAAGUGAGGUCUCGGAAGACACAGAAGGUGAAAAUGCAGAAGAUCUUUGGGGUAGAUGAACGGUAUCUCACCCCUAGCUAUUCCUCACCUGAAUUCAGGAGCACACAGACCACCAUGUCAGAGGGUAACUCUUUCAGUGCUGGUCCCAUUGCAAUACCGAAACAUUGGAGAUAUUUCUGAAAGUGGAGUUGGACUAAAACCAUUAGUGGAGCGGUUUGUGAUUUCCAUAAUCUUAGAUGCGGAAUUCUCAAUCAGAAGCUCUUCUUACUGCAGAUAUUCUAUACUCUUCUUAAGUGUCUCCCACGUAUCUCUCUCUGCUCUUUUAUGUUGUACGUCUAUCCCUAUUGCCAUAUCUGUUUAUUUCCUCCUAAGGAGGGUCAUUUGCUGUGACUAUGGCAGCCAGCUUUUCAAAUGGACUUCUCUCAUCUGAAAAAUAUUGUUUAAAGGCUCCAUUGUCUUGGGAGGGGUAUAACUUUGCGGUUUAACAUUUAAGGAACUUUUUUCUUCAGAGGAUUGUUAAUUCAGAAGACAUUGUUGGAUACACUAAUAUAUGAAAUAUAUUAAUACUUGACCAACCUAGACUCUAAAUAAAAACCAGAGCUGGACUGGUGAGUAACACUUUCAAUUAGAUGACAUCAGCUGAGUGAGUUAGUGGUCAAGUGGCAGAGGUCUGGCCCAAAUGCUGGCUGGGUGAGCAUAAUAAGUAUAUAGAGAAAGCCACAUACAGCUGGGAAUUUCUGUAACUCAGUAACCAAAAUAGCCAUAUUGGUGCUUCUGUUCAGGAAAAGACAUUUCAGCCAUAACAAAUUAAGAUACUGUAUUUUUCCAUUUUCUAGCUAAGACCAUGGGUGUAGCUAUAGUGAAUCCAAGUGGUGCCACUGCUAUGGAGCCCAAAGCUUAGGGGGCUCCAGAACCAGCUCAUAUAGUUGUCUACCAAGUUCCGAGAAUUGGUUGCUGAGAAAUUGGGUCUGUCCCGUAGCUCGGGUCUGAAAAGGGUGUCUAGUCAGUGUUGAUCUGUGUCUCCCUCUCAGUAAAGCUCCAUACUGAUAUGAUCCAUCUCUCACAAUCCUGUUUCAUGCUCACAUGCACAGCUGAAGUAAUCAGUAAACCCAGCACUGUCUGAGAGUACUGUAGGGUUCUCCUUGUUUACAGCCUUUGUGAAGCUAGGGGGCAGGAAUUGACCUCCGAAAUUAGAACUGUCCCAGAAAGAGAUAGUGUGCGUAAAUUAAGAAGAUCUCCUCCACUCAAUAUGGAAUGUCCUGCAAUAGGAAGUAUCCACUCAGUAGGAGUGGUAGGUCCCUGCCCCCUGUGUGGCCUAAUGUAAACUGCAGGCACUGUGUGGUAUAAUGUGUACUGUCAGCAUUACAAUGUGGCAUAUUGGGAACUGGGGGGAAUACAGUGUGGUAUAGUAUAACCUUUUGGAACUGUGUGGUAUAAUGCGAACAAGGGCACUUUUAUGGGGCAUAAAAUGAACUAGGAAACUUCUAUGGGGCAUAAAAUUAACUAGGGCACUAUCACUGUAUGGUACAUAAAAUGAACUAGGGCAAUAUAAUGGAGAAUUAAAUGACCAACCACUGACCACUGUGGUGAGAGGUGUCUCUCUAGAAGCAUUGAGGAGGGGCCCCUUCAUAAGAUCACUAUGGGGCCCCAAAGUACUGACUACGCUCCUGGCUAAGACCACAAAAUUUUUACACCAGGGUAUAUAGGAAAUAACAUUUUCCUAUGCAGUCUGCAGUUACAGGUGUGAUGCUUUACUGAGUGCCUAAUUGUGAAAGAUUUCUUCCACAAACCAGUUCUAAACAUUCCUCCUGCAUAAGUAUUUGUUUACGGAGUAAGAACAUGUUUCUUAGUUUACAGUUAAUUUAUUUAUCAACAUUUUCCCAAAACAAUACUGAUUAAAUUAAGUCCAAGUUAGCAAAUAAUACAAACCUGUAUUCCAGCCGUCCACCACAUAAAGACCUAAUUUGUGCCAAUAAAAAACAUCUCAAUUUGCAGAUGUAUGCAAAUGUUCAUGGCUGUGGAACAUAGUACAAUGAGACCAAUAAUGAAAGUGUUUGCUUCAUGUUUUAAUGCAUUAUUAAAAACUCAUCUAUUACUGAAUGUGACUAGAACCUAAACACUGCAUAGUGGCUCAUUUUUAACCACUGUGGAGGCUAUUCAAUUGUUUUCUCCGGCAGCACUGACUAAUUCAGUUGUUGCUCGGUUUGGGCGCCCAUUAGCCGUGGGAGAAACUUUUCUGCUCGCAACCUUCUGACGUGGCCAGCAGAAAUGCACGAAAAGUGUGGGCGCCGAAAUGGCAGUUUUCUUGCCGCACCCAGUACUUUAUGCAGGUUUAGCAGCUUUACUCUGCAAGCACGAAAAAAAUAUUUACAUAUUGCCCCUUUUAAAGUAAUGGGCAAUAAGGAUGCCCAAAAACAUUUGAAUCACCUUCUGUGAGGUUUAGUAAAAUUGUUUUACUGCUUUAAUUUCAUUUUAUCUAGUGCUAUUAUCAUUUUACAAUACUUUCGCUGUUGAUUUUCAGGUUGGUGAACAUAUGGAUUUUGUUGUUAGUGCAUCACUGAAAUAUAAUCCCCAAGAUGCUUGUUUUUGCUUGCCUUCAUUUAUGGCUUCUAAAUUAGAGAUGGUGGAACCUUCUGUGCAAGCUUGAAAUUUGUCUAAUUCAGGCUGGUUCAAUGGCCUGACUCGUACACCCCUUUUGUUUGGGGCCACUUAGUUUGUGAUCAGUUUAUGUGUUAUUUUGCACAUACAUUGAGGUAAAUUUACUGAGGUUUUUUUUUACAACUGGUGAUGUUGCACAUAGCAACCAAUCACAUUCUAUCUAUUAUCUUCUAGAAUCAGCUAGAAAAAUGUUAAGUAGAAUCUGAUUAGUUGCAAUGAGCUACAUCACCAGUUCUAAAAAAACUCCCACCUUAGUAAAUUUACCCCAUUGAAAGCAUCUAACACGAGCAUAAUGAUUGUAAAAAAAAAAGCUAAAUACUAUUUUUGAAGAGCCUUGAACCAUUCCUAAACUCAAAUUUGCCAAUGUUCCCAAAUUUCCAGUGGUUUUUUUUUUUUUUUUACAUAUAUAUAUUUUUAUUUUUUUGGGGGGUGGAGUAAUUUCUGGGGCUAUGUGUCCAGUUACACAGCAAUAUUGGUUUAGGGCGGCAGAGGGUAGCACUUGUAUAGAAGAGAACACAUGUAAGUUUGUGUGAACUGUGUAGAUGGGUAGUAAUCAGGUAGAGCAUUCUAGAGUAGAAUGUUAAGAAGACGCUUCAUGAGUUUUAUACGGUUGCAUGAAGAGACAAGUUCAUCUGCAAAGACUGGCUAACAAAGCUGAAAGGGAGCUAGAUGAAAUCAGCCUUGUUGCCGCAGUCUCCUUUGAGAAAUUGGCCCCUUUAUCACUUUCUGAGGUCUUUUCACAAUAAAACUCAUAAAUUAAUGGAGAUUUGAUAGAAAUGUCUCCACUACAAUAACAUUGUACUACUUUUGAAAGAUUACACAAGUUUAAAUUCUAUGGCUCAUUAUUAUUAAUAAGGCAUCAAAAGUUGCUAAGGGAACCUGCACUUAGUGACAGACUAUGACACCUUAUAAGUGUUAAGGCCUGUUCACAAAGGUCCAUUUAAUAAUUAAUAGGUCCAUUUAAGUUUUUUACACAGUUUAAAAUAAAUGUAUAUGAUAGAUGCAGAAAUAUAUGUUCAAAAUGAGGAUAUACAGAUGUGUCCUCCCUCAUCAUUGCUGCAGUCACGUUAACCAGGGACGUGCGGUGAGCUAAAUGGCUCAGGAGGCACUGGAUAUCACCAGAGUCAGAUUUACACGCAAUAUAUGAGCCAAAGGGUGCAUCUGGGCAUUAUACACCGGUGCAGCAGUAUAAACGCCUGGAAGUUUGGUGAGUUUUGAUCUGAGAUGUGCGGAAAAGAUAAGCAGGUGAGGUACUGCCUCACCUGCCAUAGACAUUUUACUCCAGAGUUUUGGCUAUAAAAAUGAUUAGAAUGAUGCAAAGCAGAUAUUUCAAACAUAUUCUUUGUAUUUUUCAUAUACUUUAUACAGUCAAAACUUUGGCACAAACGUUAGCAUGACAGGAAAGGCAAUGCCUCACCUGCCUCACCCCACUGCACGUCACUGCGUUAAACAUACCUUCUUGUUGCACCUGCAGCUGUAUCUGCAUACAAAAAUGCUAUAAUACAGUGUUUUCAUGAAAAAUCUGCAUACGAAAUGCUACGAUACAGUGUCUUCCUACAAAAUCUGCAUACGAAAUGCUAUGUUAGUGUUUUCCUGGAAAACACUGUAAUGAAGCAUUUCCUAUGCAGACACAGCUGCAGUCGCACAGAUAAUAUAAUCAUGCUGCAUAUCAUUGUAAUCAGCAUAGUCUGUUUGUGUGACUUAUUCGCAUAGCAGUGCAAAUAAGAUGCAUUUUUGGAGAAAAAAAGACACCCAGCCGAGUCGCACGGGAGCUGGUGGCUCUUAUGCGACCAGUGCCGUGACUUAUUACGUGUGGAGGCUAAAUGAGGAAGAACACAUCUGUAUAGUUUUUAAAAAAUAAUUUUAUUGUGAUCCUGAAUCGGGAAGACAGUGAUGUUGAAAACACCUAUGUUUCAAACAUACAAUUUUUUAUUUUUUAAUAAUGCUUAUAACGACUUUUCUGGUUCUGUUUUCGGACCGCAGUGCCUUUUUCCAUUGUGUAAGAUAUGUAAAUUAUGAUUUAUUGAGUUUAGACAUUUAAAGUCAAAUACACACUUAAAAAUAAGUUCAAUGGUCAGGUUAUAUUGUGGGGUGUGGUGUUCUAUGUAGAAAAUACACAGCUUAUGAUGAUGAGGCUGCAUGGUAAGAAUGUGUUUUGUAAAUUGUGUAUGAAAGUUAUUAUUUGCUUUACAUUUUAAUAUAUAUAUAUAUAUAUAUAUAUACUGUAGUUAUUCCGGCGGCACUCAAACAGUCUGGACAAAUAGGUAAAUGCUGAGAUCUUUAUUAGACCAUCCAACGGCGUUUCGGGGUAUUACCCCGUCGUCAGGGACAAAGUGUUCACAAUAAGCACAAUACAAGAUACACUUAUAUAUACAAACCAUCAUCUGAAACAAAUUACAAUUAAAAUCAACAUAUAGCGGAGCUCACCUGUCAGACGCGUGCAGCUUCAGCCGCCUCCGUGCACGCCAAACAAGGGGCGCUUGAAGGUGACGUCAGCAAGCAUCGCCAGGCACGUGAGGCCCGCAGCAAGAGCUUGUUGCUAGGUGAACAUAAACAAACCACAUACCACUACUAUAAAACGGACAUAUUGUAGUCACCACCGUGCAAAAAUAAACAUUUAAAAUAACAAGCCCAUAUCACAAUACACAAACUACUCUAAAUUGCGGGCCACUAAUAUUAACCUGAUCAUGUAAAUUUGCUGAAGACUAGAAUACAUAUUAAUAACAUCUUAUAUUAGUGUCACCAAGUAAUGUAAUAUGCUCCAGUGAGGAGUAAUGUAUUAGUCAACUGAGCUUCUGAAGCAUUAUAUACUCAUAUUUAAACUGUCAAUGUAAUCACCAAUAUCACAAAAAGGAUUGUAACCCAAGAUGUUCAUUGAGACCCCCCGGUGCUAUGGUAUUCAGUGUGAAUAUCCACCUGCUUUCUCUUUGCAAUAGUGUCUUCCCUCUAUUGCCCCCUCUGUGGGAGGGCGGCACAUGAUUUAUAAUAAUAGCUCUAAUGCUAGCUACACUAUGACGAGCCUGUAGGCAAUGUCGUGCCACAGGCUGGUCACUGGACCCUUUCUCUAAUGCUUGUUUUAUGGAGCUCCGAUGACCAGCCAUGCGUUCACGAAAUUGACGCUGGGUUUUGCCCACAUAUGCCAGUCCGCAGGGGCACUUAAGCAUAUAAACGACAUACGUGGUGGUACAUGUAACCCUGUGAUUAAUUUUAAAGAUUUUCCCAGAUGAGGGAUGAUGAAAGGUAGAACCAGUGAGUAGGGUGUUACAUGUUGAGCACCCCAGGCACUUAAAGCAACCUAGUUUUGGUCUAAGAAAAUGGGACUGUCGCUGCUUAGUUAAGGGGAAAAUAUCAAGCUUCACUACUUUAUCCGCUAAGUUGGUGCCUCUUUUAUAACUAGGUAACAAGCGACUAUUAUAUAGAGCUGGCAAAUCCUUGUCUGUAUUGAUUAUGGGCCAAAUUGCUUUAGCUUUUUUGGUGGUACACACAGUGUCCACUGUGUACUUAUUGACCCAAGGGAUCACUGCCCUAUUAUCCUUAUCAUUGUGUGAUGCUGUCACCGAUGGGUCCUUUAAUGUAUGCUCUCUGGGCAUAUUAAGGACCUUUUGCCUAAGAGUGAGUAGAUCUUUUCUAGGGUAUCCUCUAUCAAUAAACUUUGUCAUCAUGGAGUCUAUGGCCUGUUCACAUUCAACCGGAUCAUACAUGAUACGUCUGACCCUUAAAAACUGAGAAUAUGGAAGGUCUUUGCGUAAAGCUAAAGGAUGAAAACUAUCAUGGCUGAGUAACGAGUUUCUAUCAGUAGGCUUGAUAUAGAUGGAUGUCUUGAUGGUGCCAUCCUGUAUCGAAAUCACUACAUCCAGAAAAUGAACGGAUACUUUGCUCAUUUCAUAAGUGAAUUUAAUGACACUAUCCGUAUCAUUGUGUGUAUCCAACAAACACUGUAACGCAUCUCCAGUGUCAAGCCAAAAGAUGAGAAGGUCGUCAAUAUAGCGCCUGUAGUACAGUAAUCUAGAAUUGAUCUGCUGAUUGUUAAGAAAGAGAUCAUUUUCUAUUUGAAGCAUAUAAGCGUUCGCGUACGAUGGGGCCUCUGGGGACCCCAUCGCACAACCCGCUCUCUGUAGGUAUAUUCUACCAUUAAAGGAAAAAUAAUUGUGGGUAAGUACCAAAUACAGAAGCUGCAAAAAAAAAAAAAACGAGAUAAGAGGUUCAUUAUAAAGUGGAUUGUCAGAAAUGCUCUCACCGCCUCUACACCUGCAGAGUGCGGUAUGCAGGUGUACAAACUAGUGACGUCUGCACCACACAUCACAAGAUUCUCUGGUACAGUGCCCAAUUGUUGUAACUCUAUUAAUAAGGUAGUAGUGUCUUUUAAAUAGGACAAUGUACCCUAUAUGCAAGGAUUUAAGUAAGAAUCCAAAUAAAUAGCAAUAGGGUGAUAGAUUUUCCUGGAAAACACUGUAAUGAAGCAUUUCCUAUGCAGACACAGCUGCAGUCGCACAGAUAAUAUAAUCAUGCUGCAUAUCAUUGUAAUCAGCAUAGUCUGUUUGUGUGAAUUAUUCGCAUAGCAGUGCAAAUAAGAUGCAUUUUUGGAGAAAAAAAGACACCCAGCCGAGUCGCACGGGAGCUGGUGUUUCUUAUGCGACCAGUGCCGUGACUUAUCACGUGUGGAGGCUAAAUGAGGAAGAACACAUCUGUAUAGUUUUUAAAAAAUAAUUUUAUUGUGAUCCUGAAUCGGGAAGACAGUGAUGUUGAAAACACCUAUGUUUCAAACAUACAAUUUUUUAUUUUUUAAUAAUGCUUAUAACGACUUUUCUAGUUCUGUUUUCGGACCGCAGUGCCUUUUUCCAUUGUGUAAGAUAUGUAAAUUAUGAUUUAUUGAGUUUAGAUAUUUAAAGUAAAAUACAAACUUAAAAAUAAGUUCAAUGGCCAGGUUAUAUUGUGGGGUGUGGUGUUCUAUGUAGAAAAUACACAGCUUAUGAUGAUGAGGCUGCAUGGUAAGAAUGUGUUUUGUAAAUUGUGUAUGAAAGUUAUUAUUUGCUUUACAUUUUUAUAUAUAUAUAUAUAUAUAUAUAUAUAUAUACAUACAGUGUUCACCGGCACUCACAUACUAAGCAUCAACUUGCUCCGGUGCAUGUCAGAAUAAGCAGUAGAAAUCCAGCAGUAACAGCACUC